CCCUGCAAACAGCAAAUCAGGGGCUGGGGAGGCAGAGCAGCCGGCAAAUGCUGUCAAUAUACACAGUCCUGGGAGCAGAGCAUGCUGCAGAGCACACACAGCAUGCAAGACGGCAUGCAACACAGCAGAGCGUGCAGCUGAGUGGCCUGCGCACACGCAUUCUGCUGUGCAAACUUCAGGAGAAGCAACUUUCCUUCUAAGCAAGAGAGAGAACCUGCAGCAGCCUUCAUCUGACUGCCUGGAACCCCCAACCAGCAAAGCAGGGCAUGCAGAAGAGCUGAGACCGCUCUGCAAACUUCCCGAGAGUCAGCAAUAACCAGUAAGGACCUUGCAGCACCCCUCAUCUGAUUGUCUGGACUUUGUGACACCCCUCGUCCAAUUAUCUGAACUUUGCAGCACCCUGAUUACAUUACCUGGACUCUGCAGCACCCUGGUUUCAUUACCUGGACUCCGCAGCACCCCUAUUUGCAUUACCUGGACCCUGCAGAAACAAUUACCUCAUUGCCAGCACCCCCUGUCAGCACGAAGGGGCUGGGGGCUGUGACUGGAGUAUAUUAGCCAGCUGCUGACAGAUACCACAAGAAGGCUCAUCCUCCUGCAGGCUGUUGGGCACAGACACACCAUCUAGGGGGCGUGGAGCUCCUAAAUUGUAAGCAGUGACAGUGACAACUCUUAUAUGGACUGAGAUGGCCUCUGAUCUGGCUAUGAGCGCAGAGUUGCCUAACAGCCCUCUUGCCAUCGAGUACGUCAACGAUUUUGAUCUGAUGAAAUUUGAGGUCAAGAAGGAACCCCCAGAAGCUGAGAGGUUCUGCCACCGCCUGCCGCCCGGAUCAUUGUCUUCCACUCCUAUCAGUACCCCUUGUUCUUCGGUGCCCUCCUCGCCCAGCUUCUGCGCCCCAAGCCCUGGGGCACAACCUAACGUCAACCCCAACAACCCCAACACUGCCAAUAAACCCCAACUGGAGGACCUGUACUGGAUGUCUAAUUAUCAGCACCACAUCAACCCUGAAGCCCUCAACUUGACUCCUGAAGAUGCCGUGGAGGCUUUGAUAGGAAACCCACAUCACCACCAUCAUCAAGGCUAUGACGGCUUCAGGGGUCAGCACUACCCUGGGGAUGAGAUGGCGCCAUCGGGUCACCACCACCAGGUCCAUCAUCACCUGCACAACCACAACCACCACCACCUAAGGCUGGAAGAAAGGUUCUCCGAUGAGCAGCUGGUCAGCAUGUCCGUGAGAGAGCUUAACCGACAGCUGAGGGGCUUCAGCAAGGAAGAGGUCAUACGUCUUAAGCAGAAGCGAAGGACCUUAAAGAACAGGGGCUAUGCCCAGUCCUGCAGGUACAAAAGGGUGCAGCAGAGGCACAUCCUGGAGACGGAGAAGUGUCAGCUCCAGAGCCAAGUGGAACAACUCAAGCAAGAGGUGUCUCGACUGGCCAAGGAGAGGGAUCUAUACAAAGACAAAUAUGAGAAGCUGGCCAGCAGAAGCUUCACAGCCAGAGAGUCCCCGCAACAGACCAACCCUGGCAAAGGCUCUGCAGACUUCUUCAUGUGAACUUUGUGCCCCCACCCUGACCUCCCAGACCCCCUGUACAUAGAGGUAAAGAACUUGUAGCCAAAUACAGUAAAUUCUACAUUAUUUAUCGACUGUAUGCAGCACCGCAUUUACUCCACCACCACCUUAUAUUGGGACAGAUCGAAGUCUUAGAGAGAUUUCCGAGCUCCUCGUCACAAAGUGACCGCUCACAUCUUACACUGAUUUGUAUAUAGGACAGAACCGAGAUGGACAGGUUUUUUUUUUUAGGCUGGAGGGGGUGAGUUAUGUCCCCUCUAUCACUGGACUGCUUUUUGAGCCAGAACUGAAGUCUUAAUUUUUUGUUGUUGUUGUUGUGCGUCACACCCAAGUCCGAAACCGUGAAGAGCAAUACCAGAACAUCAUCGAUGAAGAUCCCACCGCAACGCUUAAGGCCCGGGAACGUCCCAACCUGUGAGACGCCACUGAAGGAACUCAACCAAAACGGCAAUUUCUAAGGGUAUUCAUACAAAAAAAACUUGACUUUUUAGCAAAAUCCUGCAUGCAGGUCAUGUAUGGCAAUGUGAGGUCCCCUUUUCUACUAGACAAGGAUGCAUGACAAUGUAGAUUGUACCAUUCGUUUGUCUUUCUUUUCUCCUCAGCUUGUUUACUUCUGGGUUCACAAACCUUUUCUGUUUUUUUUUUGUUUAGUUGUUUUUUCCUUCUGGGAAAACUGUGCAUCUUGUAAGUGAUCCAGACACUCGAAAGUCUUAACUCCCUUCCUUGGACUCAUAAUCUUAAAAUGCCAGUCAGGAAACAAGAAAUACUUUAAAAAAACAAAAACAUUGUGGGACAAAAAUGUCAAAAAUUUCACUAAAGAUUUCUUAAGACUUAAAAAAAAAAAAAAAGUUGGGAUGAGCGUAUGAACAGUUUUUACACCCAUACUCCCCUUUCCCUUGUCUAUAUUUUAUUAUUUAAAUCGAACCUGAGCCAGACAGAGUAUAUUAUUAUUAUGAUUAUUUAAGGUGUCCACUUGUACAGAAUUGUAGAAUUUAGUUUGUUUUAUGCCUUUUUUCUCUCUUCUGAGCCUAUAUUUUGCUUGUUGAUUUCAAUGACUUAAAAUGAAAAAAAAAUAUGAAAACAUAAAAGUCUUAAGAAAAGUUUGUAUGUAAUUAGCAUGCAAAUAAUAUUUAAAUGAAUAAGUCAAUUAACGUGGAUGAGUUGAAAGCUUAAUGCACUAUAUAGAGGAAUCAACGGGAGACGUGGUAUGGUUGUUUUAUAGAGAUUUACAUAAAUGAUCAGUCAUAAUCGUACAUUCUAAGACACCCUCUUGGGGAGAUAGAGUAAUAUAUUCAUGAAAUAUUGGGGCUGCUUUUUAUUCUAUGCACCGGUCUUAUUUAUAAAAAAUAAUAAUAAUUAUAAUAAAAAAAAUAUGACCCUUGGGAAACAAAUGUUAUUUAAAUUCUUUAUGCGAAUGUGAAAUAUUUCUGCAAAGAAAAAAAAAAGAAAAUAGAAAAAAAAAAUCAAAAAUAAAAAUUAAUUUUCAAAAACGAUGCUUAAUGUCAAAGUGUAACAAAGAAAAAAAAACAAGUGUCCUGAAUCAGCAGCUUGAGAGGUUGGUGAUAUUUUUAGGAAUUCCUGAUGGAUAUUGAGCCAUGAAUUGUAAAUCUUGAGGUCUGAGUUUUGACAACUUGGAGUUUUUUAAUGUUUCAUCUUUAAAGAAAAAAACUAUUAAAAAAAAAUUCAUUUAGCGAAGUCCAUUUGUUUUGUAUAUCCUGCUCUCAACAACAAAAAAACCUUGUGGAAAGGUUUAGAAAUAAAAAAAAUAAUAAUAUAUUGAAAUAAAGAAAAAUAUUAAAGGUAAA